AUGGGUGACCGAUUAACUGCGGCUUCAAAAGCUGGUGAUGUAACGGCUUUGUAUGAAUUAAUCGAGGAGGAUGCCGAUUUUUUAAGGCGUGUUGAGGAGAUAAUGUUUGUGCAUACGCCUCUGCACAUAGCAGCUUCUGAUGGGCAGACUUGUUUUGCAAUGGAAAUGAUUAAUUUGAUGCCAUCGUUUAGCCGUAAGUUGAACAAAUCUGGGUUUAGCCCAAUGCAUCUUGCACUUUUGAAUGGGCAUUCCAAGUUGUUGCUCUUGUUUCUACGUGCAGAUUGUGAUCUCGUUCGUGUUAAAGGCAGGGGAGGCAUGACCUCUUUGCAUUAUGCAUGUACGAAGCAUGGAAAUGAUGAUGUCCUCGCAAAUUUUCUUGUUGCUUGUCCAAAAUCUAUUGAAGACUUGACAGCUCAAGGCGAGACUGCAUUGCAUAUCGCUGUUAAAAGCAACAACUUGGGUGCUUUAGAAGUUUUGGUCCGAUGGCUCCGAAGAGUUUGCCAUGUAGAGGCUUUCAAUUGGGAAAUAAACAUUCCUAAUUGGAAAGAUGAGAACGGCCAUACUAUAUUGGAUAUUGCAGUAUCUAAUAAUAUGCAACUUGAGGCAAGUUCUCUUUUGUAUGUCCUUAAAUUGUUAGCCGAGAUAAAUGCUAAAACAUCUGAUAGUCUGACAGUCUCAGACAUCUUACGAAGGCGCCAAUCCAACUUGGGAAGAAACAGAGUACUUAGAACUCAAUGUGGUACUACUGAUCCAGAGCAGAAUGCUUCAACUCUUGCAAGUUAUUUAAGGUCAAAAUUAUCUUUUGAUGAAAGGUUAGCAGUCUACAUCACUCGUCAUAAGAUGAAAAUAUCAGAUGAUGUGCGCAAUAUAUUGCUGGUGGUGGCCGGGUUCAUUACAGCAUCAACCUUGCAAAUUGUUGUCAAUGACCCUGGUGGUUUUCAGAGGGAUGUUGGGGACAGUGGCAACAACAAUUCUGAAGCAACACCAGUACCAUCACAGUCACACCUUUCAGACAGGGCUGCAAUGACAGUAUUCUUGCUGUCCUCAUUGUACAACAAUACGGCCUUUUGCAUCGUGAAUGGUGUAAUUGGUCUUCUCCUUCCGGAUGGCUUGUUCGGGAUGAUCCUGAUUCGGCUACUGCCUGUCUCGAUACUUUGCUAUGUUUUGUGGAUACAACGCAGCUUGCCAAACGGACUUGUCAUAUAUAAUUUGCUAGUUUUCCUUUUGGCCUACGUAUUUGUAUUCCUUGCUUUUGUUACUUAUUCAAGGGGACAAAAUAAACUUCGGCAACUUCAGAGCAAUACAAAUAACAUUGCUUGUUCAUAUAGAAAAAGAAAAACUGAAGCAGCUGAAGGUCAAGCCAAUAGUGCUACUAGCGCUGACCUAGAUCCAUAA